GUAUUGUUUCACCAGCGGAUUUUCCAUGUCUGCUGCUCGCUUGGGAUUGCCAGACACAGGAUUUAUUUCCUAUGGGGAAAUGCUGGACCAAGGCCAACAAAUCACCCAAGCUGUGUCAAUCCCUGUCAUUGGGGACGGUGAUAAUGGAUAUGGCAAUGCACUGAAUGUUAAGAGGACUGUUAAAGGAUAUAUAAGAGCAGGCUUUGCAGGGAUAAUCCUAGAAGAUCAGGUAUCUCCAAAAGCUUGUGGUCAUACACAGGGCCGUAAAGUGUUACCAAGAGAGGAAGCAGUGAUGAAGAUAAAAGCAGCUGUUGAUGCUCGCAAAGAGAGUGGGUCUGACAUUGUUAUUGUGGCACGGACUGAUUCUCGUCAAGCAGUGUCUUUGGAUGAGAGUCUUUGGAGAUCAAGGGCAUUUGCUGAUGCUGGAGCAGAUGUUCUUUUUAUUGAUGCACUAGCCUCUAAAGAAGAGAUGAAGGCUUUUUGUGAAGUUUCACCAUUAGUUCCAAAACUGGCCAAUAUGCUUGAAGGUGGGGGAAAAACACCAAUACUCACUCCAUUUGAACUUGAGGAUAUUGGAUAUAAACUUGUUGUUUAUCCGCUUUCCUUGAUGGGAGUAUCUAUCCGUGCAAUGCAGGAUGCACUCACUGCCCUCAAGGGAGGUCGUCUCCCUCCUCCCGGAAGCAUGCCAUCUUUUGAGGAACUUAAGGAAAUCUUAGGUUUCAACGCCUACUAUGAAGAAGAAAAACGAUACAUUGCAAGAACAAAUAGGCCGUUCUCCAGUAGAGAUACGGGUUAUAUGUCAGUGAGCAGUAAUACAUACAGUAUAGAACGGAGAACACAAGAUCCCCAGGAGUCAAGAGCUCAAAGUCCUCAAGAGCCCAUUGUUGAGGUGAUAACUCCUGACGUUUACAAUAGCUAUGAUGCAGAUAGUUCAAGGGGGCCUUUUUCUGGGAUCUGGUCUCGGACAUUGAGAAUUAAAAUUACAGGAAGAGAUGGAUUUGAGAAGCUUGAUGUUAGAAUACCUGUAAGUUUUCCUGUUUGACCAUGUGCUCCAUAUCAGCAUUAAUACCAUGUGAUUGUUGAAACAAUGAAGUUUGCUAAUACUUGUGUUCUGAGAGUUUUUAGUGGUUUUUUUUUCCUUUGGUUUUUUGGUACAUUGGAUGAUGGGCUAUAGCCCUCCUCUUCCCAAACCCCUCCCCACUCAUCCAAGGAUUUGAACUUGAGAUCUCCAAUUUGGAGGCUUCAGUUCUUAACCACUAGGGUGUCCCCUAGGGGACGAGAGUUAUUAGUUUUUAUCCUUGCUUUAAACCUUAAUAAGUGGUGUGUUUGAGAAUUCAAAUAUAAGAUUUUCUUGGCAGAAUAAUAUGUAAUGCAGCUUGUUAUGCAUUUAGAUAUAUAAUGUAUGAAAUUAUUUUGCAUGACCUGUUCUAGUUGUUUAGGCUGGCUUCAAAUUUUUGGUUGAUUCUUUUUUGGGUAAUGAAAUCUAUAUUACAAUUUUCAUUUUUAAUAUUGCAUAUAUUACUUUUAUUAUUAUUAUUAUUAUGAAAGCAUACCACACUUCUCAGUUGAUGAAUAUGUUUCAGUGGCAGUGCUUCCUGAGUUCUAUGUUGUCCCUUUUCUCCCAAGUCCGGACUGCAAAACACUGACCACUGGAUUAUGAGAGACCUCCAUCCAAUGGCUGGUGUUUUGCAGCCUUUCUUUACUAUGUCUAUCACUUUAAGAUGUUUUUUAUUUUUGUAAAUGGUUACCUCUUUCGUAUUAGUCCUUGAGAAAAUAACCAAAGGCAUUUGAUGGCUUUCUUUACAGCUUUGGGAGGUGUAAACCUGAAGGAACUGUUGGAAGAUGCUACUGAUGAAGGAGGCAAGCAGUUGCUGGAUUUUAAUGAUACAAUGGGUGACAGGAUUCAGGUCUUUCUUGAAUGAUUCCAUUGUAAUUUGGCCUUAAAAUCCUAUAGCUAUAGCAAAGGUACGUAUUUGCUCUAUGACAAAAAGAUCUAACAAUUUGUGAAACAAAAUAUAUCCAAUUCUUAGUAGAAGUUUUAAUAUUACAAAAGAACAGCACUAUGCUUGGGGGUCUGAGAAUGUGUUUGUAAAUCUUAGGGCGAUGUAGGGGAAAGGGAUAAUAGGUACUCAGGAGUUCAUAUUGCAGAACUGUGUCAAAUUGGGUUUUUCAUGAUGAGGUAUUUGCUUGGGGAUUUUGCAUCAGAACAAACUAGAGAUGAGUAAUCCUGAAGGUUUCAAGUUGCCCUACUUGUUCUGGCCAAAGAUAUUAAGGCUGGGAUGUUAUAUGGAUGACUUCUUAAGGUUCACCCUCUGGUAUGUGGGAUGUUAUAUGAAUGACUUCCUGAAUCAACAGUUUAUGCCAUUAAGACAAGAAAUUUCUUGUUCUUAAUUACCAAAAUGAACCCAACAAACUAAUCACGUUGUGUUCCACAAUGUUAUAUGAAUGACUUUUUGAAGCAACAGUUUAUGCCU